AACUUUAACAAGGUUUUGGGGAACGAGGUCUUUCUGAAAUUCCUGCAUCUUUGACAUUUUUGUCAUUUUUGCGACAGUCAGGACUUCCGGACGAGUAUCGAAGUUCAUUUUGUUUUGGUCGACUUCUAAAUCAAUUUCCUUUCAGCUUUAGCGAUUAAAAUUCAUCCCACUUGCGAAGAUGGUUUCUAAUACUCCAUAUUCUUGCACAAGCAAGGGAUGUUGUGAGAUGAACGCCGUAAUUCGAGGGCGAUAUUGGUCCAAUGCUCCGCCAUUCCGCAGGUCUCGUCGUCGCCCCUCCACUUUGACUUUCACCCCCGACAGUGACGGUCUAUCCUGCCACCAUACCUGCCUCAAUAGAGAUGUCCGACAGUUGGCCCCCUUCUCAGGUGCCCCCUGCCCCCCAGACCCCCACCGGGGGACGCAGCCAGGGGGGCAGACCACGCCCGGCUCGCCCACCGACGAUGAAUUGGGCAACGAUGCAGAGGGCGUGUGGAGCCCCGACAUCGAGCAAAGCUUCCAGGAGGCCCUGGCUAUAUAUCCACCGUGUGGACGCAGGAAAAUUAUUCUAUCAGAUGAAGGCAAAAUGUAUGGUGAGUACCAAGAUUCCCCUCAUUCAGUAAAGGCAUUUAAUAUCGAAAGGGACACUUCAGGCUCGUUUACAUAUAACGUUGAAAACUGUGACAUGUGCUCAAGCGACUAUUGCUCCGAGCUAUAUUUCGGUCGCAAGAUACAGGGUUAG